AUGAGUAUGGUGCCGAAGGAGAAGCCAAGAAACAAUACCCAACAGGAUUCAGAUAACAAUUCCGCACAAAAGUAUGUUUCAUUUCCCCCCAUUCCUGGCGAACCGAACGACGAGACGUUAAGGGAAACUCAAAGAGAACAACCGCAAGUGGGGGCAGAGACUGUAGAAGAAAAUCAAAAGGAACAACCGUUAGUGGAUGUAGAAUCAAAUCAGCAAGAGCCUCCCAAUGAGCCUAUGCAGCGGCCACAUAGAGCUUCGUCUUUAUGGUUCUGGCACGAAAAAUGA